UCCCCUCCCCCUCCAUCCCUCUGUUCUGAGAGAGAAGGUCUUGAUGGCAAGAGAAAACUACAUUGAAAUAUCUAUGGAUUUUGAUAAUGUACCUCAUCGUUUGAGUGGUUCUAAUGAAGGCUCAUCAUGUUUUAAAGAUGAUGCUAAUGUUGUCAUUGAAAAUGCAGCAGAAGAACAAGGAAAUGAUGAGAAGGGAAAUAAAGAAGUGAAACCUGACAACUUUAAGAGAAGUAAAAUCAAGCUGACAGAAACUUGUGACAGAACCAAGGAUGUGAGCAGUCAUAGGGAAGGCCCAGAAACAUCUCUUACUCUUAAGGCUAAAUACUUGGUGCAUUCAUGCACUUAUGAAAGCUGUGAAAAAGUUUUCAGUAGACCCAGUCGCCUUGCUCAGCAUCUAAGGACACAUACUGGUGAGAGACCAUUUGUGUGUCCAGCAGCAGGCUGUUCUCACUCAUACACUCGGCAACAACAUCUCAAGAGACAUAUUGAACUUGGACACCAGGAAGAUACUUCUGAAGAAAACUUCAAAUGUGAAGAGUGUGAGAAAGGUUUUAGUAGUGCUUAUGCAUUGAAGAAACAUCACAUGCGAUAUCAUGUGCUUCCUCGGUAUAAGUGCAAUGAUUGUAAAUGCACCUUCAAGAAACAGCAACAUCUGCGCACACACUCCUAUGUACACACAGGUCUCAAACCAUACAAAUGUGACUUCCCAGGGUGUGAUUCCCGGUGUGAGACUCCGAGUCGACUUAAGCGUCACAACUUGAUUCACGGGAAGAAUCGUUAUGCCUGCCCUCAAGAAUCCUGCAAACAGUCGUUUGAUCGAUACAAGGACCUGCAGUAUCAUCUCUCCAUUAGUCAUCCAAAAGUGUGUGACAUAUGUGGCAAAACAUUCAGACAACUACGACAACUUAGAAUACAUCGGCAGAUGCAUGAGAAUGUUCGGGUAGCAUAUUUCUGCCCCCACACUGCCUGUGACAGGUACUUCUACCAAGAAAGAAAUCUAAGAGUACACAUUUCAACAAAGCACGAUCAGUUGAAAAUAUAUGAAUGUGGUGUCUGCAACAAGAAACUUUCUACCAAGCAAAAAUUGAUACAACACACGACAACUCAUGGCCCAAGUUACAAACGAACCUACACCUCAGAGAAACCUCGUAAGCCUCGCAAGGACAAAGGAACUCUGCGACGUGAUCUUCCUCGCCUUCUUUCUGGUUACUGUAGUGAUGAAGAGUCUCAAAAAGGAGGGGAACCAGAAGGCAGUGAAAGUAUCUUGAAUAUUCAACAAGAAGCCAAGUGUUGUACUGAUUCUGGCUUAAGGGAAGAAUUGAUACCUGCUCCCACAGAAAAGAUGGAUGCUGAGUAUGAAUACAGAGGGCAUAUUAUAGUUCAGUAGAUGUACUUUUUUUUAUUAUUAUUUUGUUUACAUAGAGUCAUCAGUGGCAUGUAUUAGCUAAGGGUACCAUGUGAUUUUUUUUAGCUAGAACCUUCUAUCAAAGUCUGCCUUGUCCUGGGGUCUCUCACUUGUCUAGAGCCAAAUUACCCUGCAUAUAGAAUCAGUGUAAAUUACUGGAGAGCAGCUCUUUACCCAAUGAACCAGGAUUAAAUUAGUGUAUUGAAUUCCCAGUCCUUUGGGUAGUUUUGAAAACCAUCCAGUCUUCAGGUUCACAGAGAUGAAUGCUACUUGGAAUAUUCACUUGCAUCUUGAAAACCUAAUCAGCUGUGAAUAAGAAGUCUGUUCUUUGACCAGUGAUGUGGUGUGAAGAAAUGUUGAAAAUAAACACUCAUCAGUUGUCUACCAGAGUUGAAGAAUGUACAAGGAAACAUAAGGAAAUUGACAUAAAUACAGUAUGCAAAUAAUGUGGUGUAAACACAAACCAACCAAGUUUAUAUACAGUAAUAUUUUUCUCUAUAAGAAAGUAGGUCUCCCUUGAUCUCUGUGAUAUUUCACAUUAACGAUGUUGAUGACUAAGACCAUUCCCCUAUUUGUGAUGUAAACCUGUAGGGGGGGGAAUUACUUUAAUUUUAUCUUUCUUUCUACUGGUUUCUAUGUUUUAUUUUCUACUUCAACUUCUCUUUCUUUCAGUUUCUUCUAUUUCUUAGUUAUUUUACUUCUUAUAUAGAUAAUCUUUAUCCUCUUACCAGUGGUAGCAUGACGAGGUCUGGGGCACGUGGUUCAUUUGUAUAUACUGGUAUCAAGGUAUGGUGAGGAAACAAAGGCAAAUACUGCAGGAGAAUGAUACUCCCAACAGACCAUAUAGUUUAUUUAAAAUAGAGUUGAAUACCUGUCACCUUACCAGAACGUACACACAAUGAACCAGGCCUGUCGUCAGAUUCAUAAGUCUAGGGGGGGCAGCAUUGCCAGCAUUCCUUAUUUAAGGCAUUGUCAUAUAAGAUAUUUUCAUUGCUCAUAAUACUCCCAAAUUGAAGUCAUUUGUUAAUAAAAACUAAUCUACAAGAA